AUUUGAUUCUAGGUAUGAUGCUUUAAAUUUAGAUACUGCCCUAAUGGAGUGCAGAGCAGCAUUGGAUCUAUUUUUUAACAAUAGAUUUGAUGAAGCACGAUUAUUACUUUCACCUGGGGUAGGAAAGAGCAUGUACCACACCAUGGGAAAUGCUGUAUUUUUGUAUAUAGAAGCAGUUCUAACUUUUGAUCAGUGCCUCAUAACAAAAGCCUCUGAAGCUUUAAAAUCCUGCAUCGAUUUAUGUAAUAAAUAUCGCAGAAAAUCAACUCUUUCUGAGUCUCUUGGUCGAAUGGUUAAAAAACCACAUUCUAACAGCAUUACUACAGAGGAACUGCAUGCAGAACUAUGCUAUGCUGAGGCUCUUUUGCUGAAAUCUUUGUUAACAUUUAUUGAAGAUGAAACACUUGUCAGCUUCAUCAAGGCAGGGCUGAAAAUACGAACUUGCUACAAUUCCUAUAAAGAAUGUAACAACAUUUUAACAACAAGGAAGUGGACAAAUGAAGCACAUAAAGUGCAUUUUGAAAGUGGUGUGCAUGUUGGAAUUGGUGCCUUUAAUCUGAUGAUAUCGUUUCUUCCAUCUCGAGUUAUAAAGCUAUUGGAAUUUAUUGGAUUUUCUGGAAAUAAGGAAUUAGGAUUAGAAGAGUUAGGAAAAUGUUAUGAAUUAAAAGAUGGUAUUAGACAAGUACUUUCAGUUAUGACCAUUUUAAGUUACAAUUUAAUAACUAUUUAUGUUUUAAGUCAUGAAGAAGGAGACUUAGAACUAAGCAAUAGAAUAUUAGAAGAUCAACUGCAGUUAUAUCCUGAUGGGUUAUGGUUUCUGUAUUUUAAAGGGCGUUUAGAAUUCAUGAAAUGUAACAUUUCUGAAGCAAAUAAAUUUUAUAUAAAGUCAUGGAAAUCACAGGAAGUUUGGCCUCAAUUUCAUCAUCUGUGUUUCUGGGAAUUAAUGUGGACUCAUUGUGUCAUUCUGGAUUGGAAAGAAGCUUUAGUUUAUGCAUCAAAUCUGCUUAAAAGUAGCAAAUGGUCAAGAACAAUUUAUGGUUAUCAAAAAAUUUCAAUGUUACUAAUGAUGUCUACUUUAUCAUCUGAUGAAAAAGAAGAAAUCAAUACAUUAAUAAAGAAAAUACCCCAAUGGAGACAGAGGUUUGCUGGUAAGUCAUUACCUAUGGAAAAAUUUUGUGUAAGACGGUGUGAGAGGUAUGAAUCCCAAAAAUUUCUCAUCCUGCCUGCCAUUGAAUUGCUGUACCUUUGGAAUUUGUUCAAAAUCGUCGGAAAAAAGUGGGAUCUAUGUCAUUCAAUUUACCAAAUGAUUCUGAAGUCUAUAUCUGAUUUUGAAAGUGGAGAAUUUUCAAAUAGCGACUUUGAAUAUGAUAACAAAGCUCUACUUUUGCUGUUAAAAGGUGCCUGUCUUUUUCAAUUGAAAAGUUAUUAUCAAGCUGAAGAAUGUUUUAAACAAGUUAUAUCACUGGAAAAAAAAAUUAAAGUUGAUACCUUUUUAGUGCCAUUUGGUUUAGUGGAACUUUCUUUAGUUUAUGCUAAACAAGGAGACAUCCAAAAAGCUGUUCAGAUUCUAGAAAAUGUUAAAAAAAAUUAUUCUGGGUAUUCCCUUGAAUCACGCCUUCAUUUUCGUAUCCAUUCUGCACUGUUGGACUUCACUUCCUUCAAUAAGAAAAUCUCAGAAGCAACAGAAGCCUAUUGA